AUGCCUCUGGGUCGAGGCAGCAGUUGCUCCUCCACGAUAGGAUGUGGCUUGAAAGUCAAAGUCUACAGCUCUCGACGGAGCUUGAGCCAAUUUCGUGUGAUUGAACACGAAAUACGCGCCCAACACACGCGCCACUGGCCCGGGGGCACAGAGGUUGGGCACGAAAAUGCUUUGAGACUCUCUGUGAAGCAAUAUAUUCCCCAUGAGCGCAAGAAUCCGGCACCCGGCGAUAUCAACUUCAUUGCAGCACACGCCAACGGAUUUCCUAAGGAACUAUAUGAGCCUCUGUUCGAUGACCUCCAUACCAAAUUAAGAUCUUUGGGGAGACACAUCCGGGCAAUAUGGAUUGCCGACCUUGCCCACCAGGGAAAGAGCUAUGUUCUCAAUGAAAGAGCUUUGGGCAAUGAUCCAAACUGGUGGGAUGGUGCGAGGGAUCUUCUUUUUCUCAUCAACCAGAAGCAAGAUGAGUUACCUCAGCCACUAAUAGGGAUUGGGCAUAGCAUGGGGGCAUCGCAAUUGGCGCAGCUUUCACUUCUCCAUCCAAGGCUACUGCAAGCUCUGAUCCUCAUCGAUCCGGUUAUCCAGACCGAAAAUCCCAGCAAAACAUUUGCUAAGCCCUCCACCUAUCGUCGGGAUGUGUGGCCAUCCCGUCAAGAAGCUCGGGCAAAGUUUGCAAGCAGUGAGUUUUACAAAGCCUGGGACCCGAGGGUCUUUGAGAAGUGGGUGCAAUAUGGUCUCCGGGAUCUCCCCACGGAGCUCUACCCAGAAAGGAACGAGAACAGAGAACCGCGUGUGACCCUGACCACCCCCAAGUCUCAAGAGGUCUUUUCUUAUCUGAGACCGAAAUACAACGGUACCCCGGGUAUCGCACCAGAGAGGGAUCGGGCCGUGUAUGGGGAUAUGUAUCCAGAAGAUGUGGAGGAGGGGUAUCCUUUCUAUCGCCCUGAGCCGGCAGAACUAUUCCGGCGGCUUCCCGAGUUGAAGCCACCUGUUUUGUAUAUAUUCGGAGAACAGUCUGAGCUCGCAACACCCGAGCUAAGAAGGAAGAAGAUGGCGAGUACUGGUGUUGGGGUUUACAGCUGGGAUCCUCACCGAGAUGUGCUCUACAAACUCUACAUCGAGGACAGAAAGUCCCUCGAGGAGAUCAUGCAGUACAUGCGAGACGUCGCCAACUUCGCUCCUUCCAAACGCGCCUUCCAGACACAGUUCAAGAGAUGGGGUUUUCCGUCGAAACGCAAGCCAUCCUUUCGCGACGAAAACUUGGUUGAUCGCGUGAGACAGCUAUGGGAGGCAAACUACAGUCAACGCAAUAUGCUUCAAACUCUUCAAGCCGAGGGCCACGAUAUCAAAGAACGGGAGUUGAUGCGUCUGCGUGCAAAGCACCGCUGGCUCAUGCGCAUUCCUAAUGGUGCCAAGCAAACACCCACCGACGACGCAGAAGCUCGUGUCGAGGGGCAGUUGGUCGGAGAAGAGACAAAAGCCGAAGGUAUCGAUCAACCGAGCCAGAGUCCAGCCCUCGACGAUCCGCCCCCGGACUUCGUGGAGCGCCAAAACAGAAGACUUCAGGAACUUCAGGCCAUCAGUGACGAGCGCUGGAGAGAAAAGAAACGCCGUCGUCGAACCAAGGGGUACGCAGGCCUUCCACCCGAUCCCGCGGGCAUGCCACCGCGCUUCCCUUCCGAGACCACACUGGAGGAAAGCAAGGAGAUAUUGGGUCUUGAUCUUCAGGGAUAUCGGGCCCUUCGUGAUCAGUUUCAGGCGAUUUGUGAGGAGGAGCAAAUCAUGCAAAAGACCGUCGCUGGAAUCGAGAAAUGGCAAGCUGUCAAGGAUCGUCUGGUGCGCGAAAGUACCUUGUUACAGACUGCGCUGUGGCAGGACGCCGACGAUAUUCGAUCCAAGGAGCUCGCUCUCGACGUCAUCUGCACCGAUGUUACGAAGCGCAUCCGGACCAUGGGUCGCAGAUUGACCAUCAUGGAGUCCAAGAAAGUGCUGGGCUUGAACCCGGAUCAAAGUCGACAGGUUCGUGGCGAGUUCUACGAGAUCCUCGAAUCGGAGUAUUACACCAGCAAACUCGAGAUGGGGCCAGAAAAGUGGAAGGAACUCAAAGAUCGCUGGGUUGCCAACAACUCAUAUCUGCAGAGCAUCCUCGCCGCGGGCGAGGCCGACCCCGAGUACAACAAGAAGGUGGCUGCCAUGGAGCUCUUGUGUCGAGACGUGAUGAAGCGCGUGCGAGACGACCGGGCGAAGAAGAAGGGUACUUUUAGGCAAAAGUCCGCUCCACCGCCUGCUCCCUAUGCGCCGGCCAAUGCACUUCCAUUGCCUGCGCCAGCAGUGGCUCCCGCACCAAGCCCUUCCCGCAAUGCCUAUCGCGCCGCCCUACCUGCGAAUCCAUUUGGUGGUGUGCCGACGGCGGCACCGCAAAAUGAUUUGUCAGACCUUCAAAUCGACCCCAAUUUGUUGCAGGUGGCAGACGAUCUAGGCGCUCCUCAAGUCUCGAGCGUGACGCCCGUUUAUGUCCGUCCUCACCCCGAGUCGACCGUGUACACGAACAAGAAACUCUGGCUUGGGUCUUUGAGCGGCCGCACUGUUCAGGAGCUCCAUGCCAUGAUUGCAGCCAAGUAUCCCCUUGCAAAGGUGGAACAGAUCAAUGGUAUUGAGAAAGAUGCCUUGGGCAACGAGCUUCCCUACCUCAUCGAGGAAGACGACGAAUUGGAGGCGUACCUCGACCACGUCAACUCACGCAAGGCUACGUUUUCCGUGCUGCUUGGAAGGGCUUAA